AUGUCGCCCACAGAAGACACCAUCGUCGUUCAGACGGAGUCGCCCACAUCGCGGUUUACGGCUGUUAAUGGCAAGGAACAGCCCUCAAAUGGCAACGGCAACGCCACCAGUGGAAAUGAAGGCUCGAGAAAGGGAUCGGACGAACGUUCUAAUGGACAGCCACGCAUCUCUCCUCCUGGACAAGGGAAGUUGACCAUUUCAACGAGUACCCAGAGAGGAGAUUGGGCGUCGCCGAGUAACGGGGAUCGAACUCCCUACCCAUCAGGCGCCCCGUAUUCUGAUGCAGAGGUAUCACACAAGCGCAAGAGAUCGCGUUCGAUAGACCAAACCUCGUCAUCCGCAAAUUCUUACCAUGGUCACGCUUUACCGUCAUCGACCAAGCAGACCCCUACAACCGCAACCACCGAGUCCGAUAUUCAUCGAGAGGACAAGCUCCGACCACAGUCACAGUCGGGUCCUCGCGACUCUUAUGGCCCAGAGACGCCGUAUAGGCACUUGGGCGCGGAAGAAAGUAGGGAUCCUAGCCAACCAAGCGAACCGUGGCAUGCACGCUACUCUCAGCAAAGCCAAAUUACUUCCGAUGAGCAACAUCUAUCUGACGUCCUCCGGAGAGCCUCGCAAAGUAUGGAUGCUCAGCAACGUGAAUAUGAAUCUGGUAGCCCUGGUGAUGACGAGAGGUCGGCCAACCCCUACACUGGCUACGGAAAUGACCGAAGAGAGAUGUCGGUGCAAUCGGAUCCAAAGAAGAGGAAGCGGAAUUUUAGCAACCGGACCAAGACUGGUUGUAUGACCUGCAGGAGGCGGAAGAAGAAGUGCGAUGAGAAUAAGCCCGAAUGCAAUAAUUGUCUCCGGGGAGGCUUCGUGUGCUCUGGAUACCAGCAACGCGGUCAAUGGCCAAAAAGCGAGCAGAAACAAGCGCCUAUUCCCCUCCAGUCAAAGACCGAGUACGAGAAUGCGGGAUACCAAUCAUCGCCUUACGCCUCCCAACAUUUGGGCCAACCCAGGAGGGAACCGUUGCCGGGUUAUCGUGGACAAGGCCUCCGAGUUGACCCUCAACAUGGCCGUCCUCAUGUUAUAGAUGAUGAGCAACCCAGUGCCUCUACCAUUCCCAGUGCCUCCGUUGCAAGUCCUGAAAGUAGUCGACUAUCAGCUAUUUCAUAUUCCCAGCAGAUGCCGACGCCAGUGACUGCAACAACUAGUGCAUAUCCAGACCGGCAACUUAAAAACGCAUACGAGCGCGUAGGCCCUCUCCACGAUCUCACCAGACAAGAGACAAGACAAGAUACGGACGCGAGUACGCCACAGUCUGCAUCUUCCACAUUACCACAGAUCCUCCAUCCUCAAAUGCAUUCUGACAGCCCACACAACAACCCACAGGUUGCCGCCCAGCUGGCUCUGUCAAAUCUUGCCUCCACAAAUCGACAGAGGACCCAGAAGGAGGAGAUGCUUGCCGGCCGGCACUACUUCCCUUUCGACAAAGAGCUCGUCCUCGAGCGCGAGCGUUGCAAUGGUGCCUGCUGGCGCUUCAACAGCAGCACCAAUCCCAACAACGGCGUCUCCCCCGAGGAACGUGCCCGCCUCUUCAGGGACAUUCUACAGCCUCCUCAACAUGUCAUCUCCCCAACACAAGCCUCGCCCGUCACACCAGUCGGCCGAGUCGGCGAUAAUGUCGUCGUCGAGGCUCCCUUCAACUGUGAUUAUGGUUACAAUAUCACCAUUGGCCAAGAUGUGGCCAUUGGGAAGAACUGCACGAUCCUCGAUACAUGCGAGGUCACAAUUGGCGACAGGUGUAACAUUGGACCCAAUGUUAACAUUUACACUGCAACCCUACCUAUUGAUCCUAAGCGGAGAUUGGGGUCUAGGGGACCAAGCCUAGGCCGGAAGAUCAUCAUCGACGCUGAUUGCUGGAUUGGCGGUGGUGUAACAAUUCUGCCUGGCCGAACGAUCGGCAAGGGCAGCACGGUGGGAGCGGGAUCCAUUGUCACCAGGGAUGUCCCACCUUACACUGUUGUCUGUGGCAACCCAGCUCGUGUUAUCAGAGGGCUCUAUCCACCGCAUGAAGGAUGA